AUGGAGAGGAUGAUCCCAGGAACACCGUCUAGGAUAAAACGAUUAGCAUGCAAAUGCUCACAAAUCCGCCACUACUCUGCCCCGGGCAACGGAUCAAUACCACCCGCUAAGCAAAAGUAUGUCCCCACAUCUGGAACGUAUCCAAAAGGCUUCUUGGCCGGGUCAUCCCAUGCUGGUGUCAAGGUAUCAAAUACACAGCAUGACGAUGUUGCGUUAGUCAUCUCCAAGCAACCAUGUGUUGCCGCUGGGAUCUUCACCAAGAACAUCUUCAAGGCCGCUCCCGUACAAGCCUCUCUCGCGACGCUGAUACAAAGACAGCACAAUGGAAUUCGAGGUGUUGUGGUCAAUUCUGGUUGCGCCAAUGCCGUUACUGGGAGAUUAGGUCUGGAGCACGCCGAUGCCAUGGCCAAGGAGGCCGACAGAUGCUUCAAAGACCCAGAACAUUCGAGCUCUGCACAGGACUCGCCACAAACGCUAGUCAUGAGUACCGGAGUCAUUGGCCAGCAACUACCGAUUGAGAAGAUCACGGCUGCGAUCCCUAAAGCCCACUCAGCGCUGGGCUCAACACACGACCACUGGCUCGACGCCGCAAAAGCAAUCUGUACGACCGACACGUUCCCCAAACUCAUCUCUCGCACGUUCAGCCUACCCUCACACCCAGAGAUCGAAUAUCGCAUCGCCGGCAUGACCAAAGGGGCCGGCAUGAUCCACCCCAACAUGGCCACCCUCCUCGGCAUAGUCUGCACAGACGUCUCCAUCGACCCCAAAGCCAUCACUUCCAUCCUGCGCCACUCAGCAAAUCGAUCCUUCAAUUGUAUCUCCAUCGACGGCGACACGAGCACAAACGACACCGUCACCCUCUUCGCUAAUGGCGCUGCCACUCCCAAAGGCGUUCAGCCUCUGACCCUGCCAGAAGACUUCAUCCAAAAGCCGCGCAUGGGCAACCGAAAACUCGACCACUAUAAACAGAGCCCAGACAUGAUAGCCUUCACCGAGGUCUUCAUAGCCUUCAUGACGGACCUCGCCAAACUUGUCGUCCGCGACGGCGAAGGAGCAACGAAAUUCGUCACCAUUCGUGUGAUCUCGGACGUCAAUGCCCAGGUAGCCAAGCGCGCCGCCAUGAGCAUCGCCCGCUCCGCUCUGGUCAAGACAGCUCUGUACGGUAAAGACGCCAACUGGGGUCGGAUCCUCUGCGCCGUGGGCUACGCGCCGGGAAUCAUGGGCUCGACGGAACUACCAGCCUCAUCACCGGGUACUGGCCAAGUGACUCCCGAACGAACCUCCGUCUCCUUCAUCCCCGUCGAUGGAAGUGAAGUACUCGAACUUCUUGUGCGAGGCGAGCCGCAAGUCGUGGAUGAGGUGCGGGCGAAGCAGAUCCUUGAGAUGGAGGAUCUGGAGAUCUUGGUCAGGUUGGAAGAUGGAGCGGAUCCGGCUCGUCUAGGCAUGACGGAGGCAGCGAAGACUUUUGAGUCCAAGGUGUGGACUUGUGAUUUCAGUCAUGAUUAUGUCACUAUUAAUGGUGAUUAUCGGGCUUAG